CCUGUAGGGAGAUGGGCAUUUGCCUUCACUCCCUCUCUCUCUCAAGGACUCGAUUUGUGGCUGGUGGAGCUGUCUCAAAUGAAGAGAACGGUGAGCAGCGAGGGUUUGUUACCUUAUUACACAGCCCACAGCUACCGCUCAAUGGGUGUGUUCAAUACCUCCAUGGGGGAACUGCAGCGACAACUGUACAAGGGAGGAGAGUAUGACAUUUUCAAAUAUGCACCUAUGUUCGAAAGUGACUUUAUCCAGAUCAGCAAAAAAGGAGAGGUGAUUGAUGUACACAACCGUGUCCGAAUGGUGACUGUGGGCAUCGCAUCCACCAGCCCCAUCCUCCCACUACCUGAUGUCAUGCUACUGGCACGACCGACAAAAGUCUGUGAGGAGCAUGCCAGACACACCCGGACCACCAAGGGGAGAUGUCGCAAGCCCACGAAGACCCUAGAGCUCACCAGGCUGCUUCCCUUAAAGUUUGUCAAGAUCUCCGUUCACGAUCGCGAGAAACAGCAGCUGCGCCUAAAGCUGGCUACGGGCCGCACUUUCUAUCUGCAGCUGUGUCCCUCUUCAGAUGCACGAGAAGACCUCUUUUCCUACUGGGAAAAACUUGUCUAUCUCCUCAGACCACCAGUGGAUAGCUGCAGCAGUACUCCAACACUGCAGGCUGGGGACCCAGUGCCCUUAGAGGAUGACAAAAGCCUAGUGACCCCAGAGCUCCAUGGAGAAGGGGAUCAGGAUGCGUGUAGGCUUCACAAGCCUCGUGAGGUGUCUAGAGCAAGCUCUUCUGGUUACACUGGGGGAGAGGGAGUCCAUCAUGCCCACCGCGGAAUGCCUGGCUCACCUGAAGUCCCGAAGGCUUCAGGGACUGCCGACGGAGCAGCAUCCAGGUCAGCCGCAGGUGUGGCAGUAGUGGGGACAGGAACAAGCGCUACAACAGGCUUGGCAGUGGCAGGGGCAGGAAUGAGGCCUUCCUCCGGUGCUCUGAGCAUAUCAGCAACCAAGGCUGUAGAUCCAGGCCAGGUAAGCACAGUGGCCUUGGCUGGAGCCACCGCCGAAUGCCCAGGAGAAAGUGGAUCCAGCAAGGCCAUUGCAGGGGUUGUCAAUAUAUCCUCAGAAGGUACGAACGUGGCCUUGGGCUCUGCAAGCACGUCCUCAGUAGGUAAUUCCACUGUAAUGACAGGAGCUGCCAGUCUCUCCCCAGGAAGCAGCAUGAGUGUGGUGUUUGCAGGUGCAUCAGUGACUGGCACACCCGUUGCAGAAAGAGCUGGGGGCCCAGGAGCAGCACCCCUCGUCUCAACCUUGCAGAGCGAAGGCUACAUGUGUGAACGGGAUGGAAGCCAGAAGGUCUCCCCACCCAGUGCUGAAAUCCAGAAGGGAAAAAAAGAAAGACGAGAAAAGAAAGACAGAACUUCCAGUAGGAAAAGUUCCCGUCACCACAGGACAGGAGGGAAAAAGUCGACGCAGAAAUCAUCCUCCCACCGGUCCCUAUCGGGCCAUGACAAAAGAGAUGACAGAAAGGAGAAAGGGCAGAGCCAUGUAAGAAAGAAAGGGCACCACUCUCACAAGAGUGGCAGCCACAGCUCCACGGCAAAGGAGUCAAGGACAGCUCACAAAUUGGGGAAGAUCAAAUCUGCAAACAGUUCAGGUACUGUAAGUAAGAAAUCCAGUAAAAUUAGCUCUUUCUUCAAGAACUUGAAAGUCAUUCCUGGCUCAAGAGCAGCAGCCACAACACAUCAUAGGGAGUUAGACUUCAUGGCUAAGACCCUAGAGAAGCAUAACAUAGAGACCAAGAUAGAGAAAACCCAGGAUGCCCAGGAGGAGAUCUGUAGUACCCUGACAUCUGAGACAUUGGAGACAAUAAUCUUUGAAGCUAAAUCGAUUUAAAUAGGAGACCAGACAGGAAGCUGCAAUGGAGACCCAGCCUCAGGGAAGUAUCCCUAGA